GGUUUGAUGCCCAAAGGAAAGACAUCGAAAGCCAUGGUGAAAUGCCCAUCAUGUUCGCAGCAGUGACAUCAAUUCUGUGGAGCAUGGGCGCUAUGAUUGUUUGUGUGAACGCGAUAUGACGUUUUUGGCGGAAAGCUGGAACACUGUCGUGUGCUUGCACUGCGCAAUGGGACAAAGCGUCUCUUCACUAGAAAAUCAAACACGCCCCUGCUCCUAGACUCCAGACUCAAUUUUCACGCAACUGCAAUCAACCAAUUCUCCCUUCCACUUUCCCAUCUUGCCUCACAGCAGCCGCAACCGCAAACAUGUCUGAAGCGCCGCGUGUCGAGCUCAGCAACACAGAUCUUCCGGAUCUCACUGAUCUGUCUGCUCCGGCGAACGUAAACGGCAGCGCGAAUCAGGCUUCGACACAGCAGACUGCAGGUGACGCAAAGAACAGCCUGCUGGAGUCAGCACAGAACACCAUGGCUUCAAUUCAGAACCACCCCUCGGUGCAGAACGCAAAGGACACAGUCCUCAACGGACCUAUGGCUCAGCAAGCCAAGGCAGAGGGCGUCAAGACUCGCGACGAGUUCGCAGACCUCGCCAACUCGAAGCAGAUUCCCGAGCAGAAGACCGCGACUGGCCAGAACCUCACCCACUACCACAGCAUGUUCUACCGCCUCUUGAGCUGGAAGAACCCCCGCGCGACCGGUAUUUCCUUCGCCGCCGCCGUCCUUUUCAUCUUCGCUGCCCGAUACCUGAACGUCAUCCGCUACAUCUUCAAGCUUACCUGGAUUGUGCUUGGUACCACCGCUGCGGCAGAGGUCGCUGGACAGGCUACCCUCGGAAAGGGCCUUACGUCCCAGUUCAGGCCGCGCCAGUACUUCACUAUCCCCAAGGCGUCUCUCGAGCGUCUGCUUGACGAUGUUGAGCAGCUCAUCAACUUCUUCGUUAUCGAGUCUCAACGUAUUGUUUUCGCUGAGAACGUCUACGUUACCGUUGCUGCGUUCUUUGCUUCCCUGAUCUCCUACUUCCUCAUUAAGUUUGUUCCUAUGUGGGGCCUUGCUCUCAUCGCUACCGUCAUUACCUACCUCGGCCCGCUCAUCUACCUCCAGAACAAGGAGGUGAUCGAUGCCCAGCUCGAGAAGGGUAGGUCUCUUGCCAGCCAGCAGGCUAGCCAGAUCAGGGACCUUGCCAGCAAGCAGGCUGCCAACGCUUCGCAGACUGUCCAGGGUUUUACCCAGCAAUACACCACCAAGGCUCAAGAGACGAUCAACCAGUACCGUGGACGCUCUCCGUCCGCUGAGGUCAAGAAGGAGGAUUUCCCUGUUGCUCCCAAGGCUGAGCCCAAGGUUGAGCCCAUCAGCGAGCCCAUCAAGCACGAGACGGAGCCUCCUCUGGUUCCCCAGACCGCGUUGUAAGCGACCAUGCCCAGUCGGCCACAUGUAGCAGCUUGAUACCCAACAACGGGUUUCGAAGUUGCUGCAGCAUGUCACCCUCCCUCUUCCGGCCCGAGGCCGCGAGCACACGACACAUUCGCCCAUACAUCUUGACGACCUCAUCAGACGAUUCUCACGCUCGACACUCCGUUCCUCACGACACGUAUGAAAGGUUCAGAUUGAACAUACCCAGCGCUUGUACAUCAUCUUCUCCUAAAAGCCGAUUCGUCAUCUUUUUUAGCGUUGAUAUACUUCACCUUUCUCUUGUUUCUUCAUCAGUAUGUCUGGGUUCACAGCGUGAAUUGGGGCGUACAAAGUCACAGGCAUUCAGGAGUUGGACUCUGUCAGAUACUACUUCUCCCGGCAUCGUAAUCAUAACUUAUCCCUCAAACCCUU